AGUUAUAUAGUACCAAUUCCUGUGUGACAGCAGCAAUAUUCAUCUUUGUGAAAGCAAUGGCAAAGCUAAUUUGUUUUAUAAUCCUGUGCCUUGUUUGUUUGAGCAUCUCAGAUGGUAGCAGUCUGACUGCUUUAGACUGCUGCAUCUCAACGGGACGUAAGCAUAUUAAACAGAGCAGUGUAAAAUCAUACACUCUGCAGACUACUGAUUCAGGCUGUACCAUUCCAGCAGUUCGGUUCACGUUCAAAAAAGGAGCCACUGUUGUGUGUGCACCUCCUGAAGAACCAUGGGUUAAAGAUCUAAUGAAUAAGCUAGACAGAAGACAAAAAGAUUCAACGGAGAAUGAAGGUGGCACAAGGAAGGGAAAAAGUAGAAAGAAGAAGAAGCCAAAUAAGAAAUCAAAACAGAGAAGUCAAUAAGAAGUCUGUAUAUAAGAUUAACAAGCCAUUAAAUUAGUACCUGAUUUGACAACUCAGAAUGGCGCACUAUAUUUUGUCAAUGAUAAACGUUUUCUGAAAUUAGUACUAAACAGAAAAAGCAACUGGUUCUUGCAUUGCUUGCACAUGAAUGGUUGCAAUUAAUAACAUAACAUCAAUGACUAAAUAAAUAUGCUGUGAACAAUUUAGUUGUCUUCGUGUUUGGAAUCUGACAGAUUGUAUCAAGAGUAUUUUGUCACUAAAGCCACAUCAUGUCGUAACUAGCAUAUGGCAAAGAUCAUGUUGACAUGGCAACAGAUUGGUUCAGCUAAGCUUAAAUUACACAUCUGCAGAAACUGUUACUAUAUAUUGAAAGAACCUGUUUUACUGCAUGCGUUCUAACUUCUGUACAAUAUUUACUACUAAUUCAAAAAUGUGUAACUGAAUUAUGUGAUUAUAACACAAGCAUGAAAACAAACAAGAUACUAUUAUUGUUGUUGUUGUUGUUGUGUUUUUCGGCUUUUCCCGGUUAGGGAUCGCCACAGCGGAACUCCGGUCCGCUAAUGAUUGGCAGUAGAUUUUUACAUGCCGAGAUACUAUUAUUGUAUGAUUACUAAAAAUGUGAUUACUUCAUUUGGAAAGCUUAUGUAGCAGUCCUAUCUAUUAAUUUACCAGCUGAGUGAUGCUUUAAAUUAUUUGAUGAAUAUUUUUUUUUACUUAGAAUUAUUUUCUCCAUCAUUCUUCAUCAAUAGUUGUCAUGGCAGUGUACUAAUUAUUUGAAUAACAUUUGUAACUGUAUUUCCAAUUCAGCUGAAUCAUAAGUAACAUUGAAAAUGGAAGUGUUUAAUGGGCUACAUUGCUUCUUAGGCUAUUCGUAUGUUGGGCCUAACAUUUUAUUUACAGUUCAUAACUACUUAUGAAAAAUUCACCAUUGCUUCCUUGAUAAGAUUAUAAAACAGCAAUGAACAAUAUUUAGCAUAAUGUUAACUUUUCCCACUCUCUUUAUUUUUCACAUUAUUACCCCCAGAAAUAUAUUUCCAAUACCCUUCUUUGUAUCAUGCUGAUAACAUGGCAAUACAUUUUCAAAAUCCUCUAAUCUGGAUAUAUAUGAGAUGGUUACUCUGUGAUUUAGAAUAUUUUGAGCUCUUUUUCCACUUCCCUGUUUUAUCCUUGCAGUUGUAACCCAGUUCCCCUUGUACACUGCUGGGUCUGUCAGCUGCUCUAUAUACUACCAAACUAUCACCAAUAUUGGCUUUGGCUAGAGUGACUUCUAAGGGCAUCUAGAGGGAUGGUGGUAACCAUCUGGCAGUUUUUUUUUUCACUUAUUGACUACCCAGUUUCUUCAUAUCCCUCCCUGACAUUUGCACUUAAACUUAUAGUUCUGCCCAUCAUCAGCAGCAUAUCAUGACUGGCUUCCCAAUCUCUGCCAGGAAGCUUCAAUCAUUCUGUGUGUUCGUGCACAUGUCCUCUGCUGCCCAUCCUUCCUGCCAGCAUUUUAGAUGCCCAAGCUGCAAAACAAACCUGAGAAGCCUGAGUCAAAGUAGAGGCUUUAUCCGUCUAUGCCACAACACCGCCUUGUGAUUUAGAAUAUUUCAGUGUGAAUACUGUUUUUCCUUCUUAAACUGGUCACUGGUACUGAUAUCUUUACUGUGACAAAAAGCUUUUAUGUAGCAUUGAGAUUACAAGCAAACUGUGAAAUAUAGUUUUUGUCUACAAACAGGAAUCAUUCUUAGUAGAUAGAAUAUAACCAUACAAUGUUAAGUGCUGUCAUUAUUCCUGAAAAAGAAAAUAUUUAUUUUAUAUUGCAAAAGAAAAAGAAAUGUAAGCCGAUAAUAGUUAUGCAAUGAUUACAACCUUAACGUAUUUGCUUCUAUAACAGUACUACAAAUGAAAAUGUAAAUAAAUAUCUAGAUUAUGGAUCCAGUUAUAAUUGGGCCAAAUCCAAAUAAUAACUGCAGGAAGUGGAACAUGCUUCUCAUGGCCCAUUUUCUCCCAUGUGAUACAGUUUCCAAACUGGAAGAUUUUAUAAGCUAUCCCUCAAUUCAUAAGCGCCAGUAAUUAAAUGCUGAGCUUCAGUUGUAAAACCUUACAUCUAUGGGUGGAGUCAUACCAUUCUCAAAAGUUUAACUGGAUGCAAUUUGUAAAUUUUUGACAGCAUGAGUUCAGUGUAAUAAAGUUUGAGUCCUUCCAGGCAUAUGUGUGGAAAAUCUACACCUGCUUCAUGUUUUCGCCUGAGUAUUUUAUAAACUGAAAUCAAGAACUGCAAAGUUCAGACGGGCAUGUCAUCCUCUUGGGAAUGACACAUUUUGGAGAUGUAUUGUAUUAUAUGUAGACUCCUUGCAAAGAAAAUCCUUUAUCACUGUCUUAAUAGUGUGGCUUUUAAACUGUUUUUAAUAAAUAUUAAGUGUAGUUUUUUUUUUUUUUUGCUUUUAAAGAUAAUAAAAAUGCUUAAAACAAGUUUGCAAAGAAACACAAGAAAAUAUUAACAUAUAUAUUUCAUUAUACUUUUAUAAUUUUGUUGCUUUUGUUUUUUAACAGUAAUGCAGGGUCAAUUUUAUUUUUAUAUUGUUUGUCAUUCAUGUUUAAAUCUAACUAAUAAAUGGAUAUACUGUU